CAACAGUCGGGUAGCAUCAAUCAGAACAGAUUCAACAUGUGGGCAACUAAACUUCUAUUGGUGACUCUGCUGAUCAUAGUUGUAGAGAGCAAAGGGAAGAAACGCAACACUCUGCAUGAUUACAGGAAGACAGCAGACACUACAUUAACUAAACAUAACAAGGCACUAGAAGUGAAAACAAAAUUUUUCAACACCACAGAAAACUGUGCUAAGAGAUGUAGCAGAAAUAAAGGCCUUUCAUUUACUUGCAAGGCAUUUGCUUUUGAUAAAAGAGAAAAGAGAUGCUACUGGUUCUCUUUUAAUAGCAUGUCGGCAUAUGUAAGGAAGAAAUAUAACACUACAUUUGAUCUUUAUGAAAAGAAAGAUUAUAUCAGAGAUUGCAUUCAUGGAAAGGGGAGUAAUUAUAAAGGAACCAGAAAUGUCACUAAAAGAGGCCUUGCCUGCCAAUCAUGGACAUCAAUGAUACCCCAUGAGCACAGCUUUUUGCCUUCGAGCUAUCGAGGUAAAGACCUUAAUGAGAACUACUGCCGGAAUCCUAGAGGAGAAGAAGGAGGUCCUUGGUGUUUCACAAAAAGUCCAGCUGUUCGUCAUGAAGCGUGUGACAUCCCUUUCUGUUCUGAAGUGGAAUGUGUGGCUUGUAAUGGUGAGCACUAUAGAGGGCCGAUGGAUUACACAGAAUCAGGCAAAGAAUGUCAACGAUGGGAUUUACAAAGGCCACACAGGCACAAGUUUCGCCCAGAGAGAUAUCCUAACAAGGGCUUGAAUGAUAAUUACUGUCGCAACCCUGAUGGAAAAGCUAGGCCUUGGUGUUAUACACUUGACCCUGAAACCACUUGGGAGUUCUGUGCAAUUAGACCCUGUGCACAUAGAAUUGUGAAUGAUACUGAAAUUACAAAAGACUGCAUAAAGGGUCAAGGUGAAGGAUACCGUGGGACUAUAAGCACAACAUACAAUGGAAUUCAAUGUCAGAGAUGGGAUUCACAAUUUCCGCAUCAGCACAACUUUACUCCGGAACACUACAAAUGCAAGAAUUUGAGUGAAAAUUAUUGCCGCAAUCCUGAUGGUUCAGAGUCACCAUGGUGUUUCACUACAGAUCCAAAUACUCGUAUCGGACACUGCUCUCAGAUACCUAAAUGUGAAGCUUCUAAUUUGCAAGAAUGUUAUUAUGGAAAUGGUGAUACAUACAAGGGGACUCUAUCUAUAACACGGUACAGGCUACACUGUGCCAGAUGGGAUAAGAAUAUAGAUGACUUAAAGAGGCAUACGUUUAAGGAACCCAACAUAUCUAUUAUUGAAAAGAACUACUGUCGAAAUCCUGAUAAUGAUGUACAUGGACCGUGGUGCUAUACAGAUAAUCCCUUAGUACCAUGGGACUAUUGUGCUAUAUCCAGAUGUGAAGGUGAUACAACUCCACUAAUGGGAAACCUUGAUAGCCCAAUCACAUGUGCAUCAACUAAGCAAGUAAGAGUUGUGAAUGGAUACCCAGCCCAAAUGAGGAACGGCUGGAUGGCCAGUUUAAGAUACAGGAAUGAACAUAAAUGUGGAGGCGCUCUUAUAAAAGAAAACUGGGUUUUAACAGCAAAACAAUGCUUUCUUUCAGGGGAUAUUGACUUAAAAGAUUAUGAAGUAUGGCUUGGCGUCCAUAAUAUUUACAGCAAAACAGAAAAGCAUAAACAGGUCAUAAAUAUUUCACAAGUGGUGCAUGGACCAAAAGGAUCUCAUUUAGUUCUGUUGAAACUUUCCAGAUCUGCUGUACUUAAUGCCAAUGUGAGCCAAAUAAAACUUCCAUAUUAUGGAUGUAAAAUCCCUGAAAAGACAAUGUGUACAAUUUACGGAUGGGGACACACUGGAACCAACAAUUAUGACGGCCAACUUCAUCAAGGAAAUCUGUUUAUUGUGGGAAAUGAAAAAUGCAAUCAGUUGCACAAAGGGAAAAUUACUGUCAAUGAGUCUGAAAUAUGUGCCAUGGGUGAGACGUCUGUAAUAGGACCCUGCGAGCGAGAUUACGGUGGCCCUCUGGUGUGUGAAGAAAACAGAACAGAUCUAAUGCAGGGAGUGAUUAUUCCGGGUCGUGGCUGCGCCAUCCCAAAUCGCCCAGUUAUUUUUGUGAGAGUGGCAUUUUAUGCAAAGUGGAUACACAAAAUUGUAUUGACAUACAAAACACCAUAGUUACAACAUAAUGAAGUUAUAGAAGAAUGAUUGCUAUUAUCCUAGUGAUUGUGUAUGUCUUAUUCUUACUUGAUGGUCAAGUUUUGCUGUUUCACAUUUUUUUAUUUUUUUUUUAUUUAUGGGCAUGUUGUCUUAACUGUUGAGUUCAUGUUGGAUGGACUGUGGUAUGUAAAUGUGUGCUGACAUAUAUCCUGACUAUACUUGAACAUUUUGUUGCCUAAAAAAAUAAGAAAAAAAAACAUAUUUACAUGGAUUAUUUUAUGCUGCUCGAUGGUUUAUCCAAUUCAAUGAACCUACAUUUUACACUGUGUUUCAUUCACUUUUUAACUUCCUCUAAACAAAACACACAAAAAAAAAAUAUAUAUAAAAGCAAACAUUACUUAUACUAUAAAUAUACUUAGCGGGCCACAAAAUAAUUACUGCAAUGUAUUUGUUAUUGUUAUUAUAUCUUGUCAAAAUGCAACAGAUAGCAAUGUACACCAUAUUAUUUUUAAUCCAAGUGAUUUACCUAAACAGUAUCUAUAUUUCAAAUGAUUUGCUUUAAGUUGACAACUAAUUUAAUUUAGGGUCCAAUGAACAAACUGGGAAACAAGUGAAUUUAGAGUAUUUUUUUCGACUGUGCCAUGCUAUUGUUUGCAAGUCACUUGUCAUAUGAAAAUAACACUUGGUUUAGCGAAUAGAAAACUCUUUAUAAUAUUAGAUGGAGCCAUAUCCUACAGGACUACUGCAAUAUAGAAUUAUUAAUUUACAUAUGUUGCCUCGUGGCCAUGUACCAAGCAAUCUCUCAAUUCUCUGAAUUUAUAUACGUUUUUCUU